AUGGUGCUCGCAGAAGUAGAGUUAUUCGAAGACGCAGUUCCCCUGGUUCGCAGCUGUCCAGCCCUCAACGAGAUUCGCGUUUCGGGAGAAUUCACAGACCUCAGCAUAGAGGUAGCGGUUACCGUUCUUUACGCGUAAAUUUGUGCAUGUUUGUUAGGUGAAGCAUGGCUCUGUUUUCAAUGUUCAUCGAAUAAUACUAGCGGCUCGUAUUCCGUCUCUGCGAGCUGCUCUCAGUGGUGCCCUCGAUAAGGACAAAUCGGUUCUAAAGUGGCCAACCAUGCCUCUAAAGUAAAAUCAUCCUCCUUCCUCUGAUUGUGCUCAUUGAUUAUGCAUUUUCUAGCCUCGCAAAUUCAGUCAUCCAGUAUGUGUAUACGGGGCAGUUGGAAAUGACGCAGACGAAUGUGGAGGGCAUAGUGCUCUUUGCGAAAAUGGUGAAACUGUCUGAUCUCGAGAAUCGGGCAGUGCAAUUCAUGGCCAAUAGGUAAAUAUGUGUCGGUUUUUUCUAACUGUCGGCUAUAAAGAGUGAAUUUAGAAAAUCUGGCAGCCACAUGGGACUUUGCCAAAUCUCUGGGCAUAGGAUCCCUGAUGGAGACUUGCCUCAGUCUGAUGAACGCGCAAUUUAAAAGUUUAGUCUCGAGUGACCUCUUUGUUCGCUUGCCAGCGGACACCGUGCUGACUUUGCUGCGAAACGAUAGUCUGUCAGUUGACUCUGAGGAGGACGUUUUUAUGGCCAUUUCAAGUUGGGUGGGUUCUGGCGGUAAAGAGGCCGAUAAUAAGAGGCUGAGUUUGCACGCUCCAGAGAUGUUAAAGGAGGUUCGUUGGUGUCAGACGACUAUCCAAUUCCGCAAUCGUCUAGUGGAUAAUCAUCCAAUGUUCCAGGAAAGCAACGACUGUCUGUAAGUACAUGCUGUUCCAGUUCGUCAGUUAUUUCAAAUGAAAGUCGUUUUAUGACUCAGGUGGAGCGGUGGAUGAGCAACGCAGACAAGGACAAGACUCCCUGUCCCUUCAACCGACGUUGGAGACUGCAUCCGACGAUCUUCGUAUUUGGACGCAGCAAAGGUCAGGACUGGUGGUCUGUUCUGCGUUUCGAUUCGCAGCUGGAAAAGGAAGAAAGGAUUGCUGACAUGGAGAAGCGUGAAUACGCCUCCUGCAGUGUCGUGGACGGUGAGUUGCCUGACAGUUACGCAUCCCCUCUUCUGCGCACCUGUCUUGUUUUCUUCUUUGUCGAAUUCGACCAUUUUGGCAGACUUUUGACACACACGCACACACGAUUUCGAUGAUGUCCACCGUGUGCCCCACAGCAGCAGUGGUGGGAGCAGGGACGGUGACUUACGCAGGGGUUUAUAGUGCCAGUAGACUUGCGUAACAUCUACCUACACUCUCUCCUCCUCCCCCGCCUGAGUCCAGUGUCAAGACAGAGUCAAGAAGACCGGAGACGGGGGAGGCCGCAGGUGGAUGGCUCGGACGGAUCCUCGCCUCGGCGCUCCACUCCGCACCGUCUGGUCCACACACAAAUGACCAGGAUUUUGACCACAAAACAAGGGGGUGGCGGCAGUGGUCCCGUUGAGCGACGAAUGCCGACAACAGGGUCCGCCAGCGCACCCCGCAAAUGUUGGCAUUUGUUAUUGCGCACGCCUCUGCUUUAGUAGACCUUGUACUUUAUUUUAUCCUAUCAUCCGCCUCAUCCAAGCCCUUUAUGAACAUUUUUUUCUACCCCACCCCACGGAAGAGAGCAUUUUCGUGGUUGGAGGAGACACUGCGCAAGUGAAGAACUCAGCGAGCGUCGAGGAGUUUCUGGUGGGAGAACAGCGCUGGCGCAAACGCGCGUCCCUCACUGUUGGACGCUCGUACCACGCAGCCGCAGUCGUAAGGGAAGCCGGAGGGGAGGCGCUUAUCGGCAUUUUCGGUGGACGCGGUAACCAUGGUCGCCUCGCCUCUUGUGAAGUCUACGACGUCUGUCAGGAGAGGUGAGAUCACACUCGUCCUAGCGCCUGCUUGUUGCCCCGUUUAUCUUACAAAAGUUUCCCUUUUUUGCCUUCUCACUCGUCUCCUUCCAAUACAGGUGGUUCAAACUACCCGAUCUGCGAGAGAAGCGGAGCGCCACAGCUGCAGCCUGCCUGCCCGGCGAUAGCCGAGUAUUCGUUUUUGGCGGUCGGAAUGACUCCUGCUGGCUGGCUUCCAUGGAGUUCUGUCAUUUGCAAGCAGGCUGGCGAGAAAGGGCGGCCUCGGCCAGCACGGAGGACUUUUGGCAGCCAGCCGCACCCAUGAGAACUGCACGAUCGGCGCUGGCAGCGACCCACUUUCGGGGGAAAAUCAUCGUCGCCGGGGGCUAUGAUGGUGAAAAAGAUCUGGACGUGGUGGAGAUGUUCUCACCCCCGGACGUCAGUUGUCCCCAGGGUCAAUGGACAGAGCUGUCCGGCAUGAAGGAACCCCGCUGGUCAUUCACGCUUCUCACCUCCACCGACGCCGUAUUUGCUCUCGGUAAUGAUGCCUCCUUCUGCUCCACCUUUGCUCUGCACUGACGCACAGUGUAACUGCAUUCCUUCUCCACUCUCCUAAUCUCUCUCUCCCUUGCAUACCAUUCCAUGACCUUUUCUACGUAUUCCAUUUUAUGAGGAGGAUUAAGACAUCCGUAUGAUGGCAACAAUGUGAAGAUGUGACUUUGCAUGGCGUACCGACUUCCUUUGCUAGAAUUGUGCUACAGAAUAGUUAAAGCCUCUCCUUAAUUGCUCGGUAUAUUGCUUAAUUUGUCUACUCGGAGAUUUUGUGAAACAGAUUUCUACUAGCUGUGUUGGGCAAAUCUUCUCCUAGUUUCUCUACUCACAUAUUUACUAAAAUAGCUUUUUAAUAGCAUUGUUCAAUUUUUGCAGGCUUUUUGCCCAGAUCACGAAACACGGUGGAGACUCUCACAGCUCCAGAUGGAUCAGUUGAUGACAGCAACGACUUGCCAUCUUGGACCUGGUCGUCCAAGAAACCACUGGAGUCGCUCGACUUUAUCGCUGGAGCUGCUAGCAUUGGCAUGUAA